AUGAUCAUUCUGUACUCAGAGGCCCCACGAGGAAAGAGAAAGAGAGCAGAGGAUGGAUGCAGCCAGAGUGUCAAAGAGGGAACAAGCAAGUUUCCCAACACUGAGGCCCCAGCAAGAAAGAAGAGGAAGGUCGCAGCGACCCGGCCCAAAAGAACAACUCGAGGAGAGAAGAACGCCACCGAGCCAGAAUCUCCUGGAGGAAAGAGGAAGAGAGCUGAGGAAGAAGACAUCCAAAAUGUCGGAGAGGGAACAAGCAAGUUUCCCAACCUUGAAGCUCCAGCAGGGAAGAGGAGGAAGGGAGCAGUGACCCAGCCCAAAACAACAACUCGAGGACAGAAGAAAGCCACCGAGACAGAAGCUCCUCGAGGAAAGAGGAAGAGAGUCGAGGAAGGAGACCGCCAGAGUGUCGGAGAGGGAACAAGCAAGUUUCCCCACACUGAAGCUCCAGCAGGGAAGAAGCGGAAGGGAGCAGUGAACGGGCCCAAAGGAACAACUCAGGGACAAAAGAAAGCCACCGAGCCAGACACCUUUAAAUCCCGCUACGUGGUUGGAGACAAACUUGGUCAAGGAGGCUUUGGAUCUGUCUUCAAAGGAAGACGCAUUUCUGAUGGCCAACAGGUGGCCAUCAAGUUUGUCUUAAAACAGAAAACAGAGCGAUAUCUUGAGAGCCCUGUUGAGUCCAAGGCCGUGCCUGCAGAAGUGGCUCUGAUGCAGAUAAUGAGCCAGCCACCCGUCUGCAAGAACAUAGUACAGCUGAUCGAGUGGUUUGAUGAGCCUCAGAGAUACAUCCUGAUCCUGGAGCGCCCUGACCCUUGCAUGGACUUGGAGAGUUUACUGAAAAAUCUCGGGAACUGCAUGGAUGAAGACGUGGCCCGAGCCGUAAUGGUCCAAGCAGUGAAGGCAGUGAGCCAGUGCAGUAAGCGUGGUGUCCUGCAUCGCGACGUCAAAGGGGAGAACUUACUGAUCAACACAGACACCUUAGUGGUCAAACUUAUUGACUUUGGUUGUGGUGACCUGAUCAAGAAAACGCCGUAUGACAGAUAUGCAGGCACGUUUCGAUACUGCCCUCCUGAGUUUUUUGUGAAGCGGAAUUAUCACGCUGAUCCUGCAACAGUGUGGUCACUUGGUGUCCUGCUGUUCAGGAUGGUUUGCGGACACCUUCCCUUUGCUAACAAAAUAGAGACCAUGGUGGGGAUUUUUAACUUCAAGGACGGCCUGUCAAAGGAAUGCCGUAAUCUGAUUUCCUGGUGCCUGCAGUGGUUCCCUUCCAAGAGGCCUAGUUUGCAGCAGAUCAAGCAGCAUGAGUGGCUCCGGUGCACCAUCCGGGCCUAG